CACACUGGAGCCACAGGGCAUGACUUGCGCAAAAAUAGCAAUAAUAUUGCAGAGUAGCUAGACCGUUAAUCUGUCAUUUUCAAAAAAUAUUCUGGUGCUUUGGGGAUAUUCUUCAUUUCUUCUUCUGCUUUUGGCUUUAUUGGAACAACAAUGAUGGCUGACACAUCAAGGGAUAUGCUUCUUGAUGAGACGACUGUGAUUGACAGCGACAGCGGUUCGAUCACAAGGGAUUCCAUCAGUUGUCAAGAUACAACAAGGAAUGAGUCACUUCGCGAGGAACGACAACGCAAACAUAACGAUGACGACAACAGUCAUACAGCAACUGUAUUGGAAGAAACCAUCAACCGUUCUCAUCGAUUGAAUCACAACAAUAGAGUUCAUAUCUCAAUACCUGGAAGCCCUCUGUCUGAUUCCGACUCCUGUACUAGAGAGAGCCGCAGACAGCGAAAUCAAACAACAGACAAUGACGAAACUCGCUGUUCAGAUUUGGACUCUUCUUGCUCGACAACUCGCAUUCGAGAAAACCAGCCUGUUUUUGAUUACAGCGCAACAAAAGAACCCUCAUCACGGGAUUCAUGCGCCUCUUACAUGGGAAAUCCUGCUUCCCUCGAUGGAUCCAACCAAAAGUCUCGACGGUCGACCCAGCAACAGGUACGGCAAGCCUUUCUUGUUGACAAGCCAGUUCACGUGGAAUGGCAUCGACAGAGAGAGUAUGAUGAAUUUCAAGUAAAAUUUAAAGGCCUGGUCUCAAAUUUUGAACGUCGCAAUCCAAGAACAUCGCUAAGGGAGUACACGUCCAUGUCUUCCCAACAGCAGCGUGGAGAACAUGACAAAGUUGUGGCCCUUCUCGACCGUUUGGGCAUCGAUGCAGGUUCCAACAAGGAGAACAUUAAUGAAGCAAGGAGUCCGCGAUCUUCCGUACGGGACGCUGCCAGGGAGAGCAGUCCCAGCUCUUUCCAAAGCUCCAAAAUUUCUAGAUCGAGGUCAAUAGAUUCAAUUGAUACACCACCCAGAGCAGCUGAAAGACAACGAAAUCCGUUUUCAGAUUCACAACUUUCGCCAAUAGUUGCAAGUGGAAAUAAUGAUGAAUCCAUGGUUGGUGCUUGUUCAGACCCCUGUCAACUCCCAAAACAAGAAGGAUCGCCUAUGUCGUUUCAAGCCCGAGGCGACUCUUUUCAGGAUGUUUCAGUCGAAACGACGCGACAAGCUGCUAGUUCAUCUCCGAGAUCGAUGUACGGGUCGCCACCCUUGCAAGAGAGCCACCAGCACAACACACACAAACGCCUUGCAUCAACCAGUGGGAAACGAGGGAAAGACUCGUUUCGGAUGAGGUAUUCGUCUGAUUCGUGCGUUGGCUGUGCACCAAAUGCCAACGCGUCCCAGUCAUCAGAACAGUCAAUUUCAUUUGUGGCACCCGAAGAUGCCUAUACGCAUCCGUUUGCAGCAUCUCAGUCACCCAUUGCAGGGACACAGUACAAUCCGCCUGAUGCUCACAUGAGCCCAGAAGUUUCACCAAGUGCGUCGCCGGCAAUAAGCAAGAGGGGAGGUAGAAAGCACAACAGUCGUCAUCGGCGAGAUCUGCAUCAAAGUACCAACAUUGCUGAAUUUACUCGAUUCGACAUGAGAGCAAACCCCCGAUGGAAACAGGUCUCUGCUUCGGUUGGUUUGAGGGAAGGGGCGUCAGUUCACUACAAUCCACUGCAGCUGAAAACCAGCAAACGGUCGUUUGCUCAAGAACGGCGCAAAGAGCAAACUUUUUCUCUAAGCCAACAGCCGAAGGAGUUCCGGGAUCCCCUGAAGGCAUUCAUUGGUAGGGGCGGAGAAACAUUGCACCGGGUUUUCGACUGGAUUCGGAGAAGGGAUGACAAUUGCACAAAUAACGACAACAAAUGGAAUUCAGAUUGCAAAGGGGUGGUCUUCUCGUUGGAGCCUGUGCAAAUUGUGAGCAUCGUGAUGAAACUUCUCUUGGAAAAUGAAUCAAUCAGUCAUGAAAGGAUUGAUUUUGAUGUUUCGUUGGCUGGGCAAACACUAAUUGUAGUUCGAAGCAAGGAAGACAUACCCAUUUGGGAGCGGGCCUUCAGAGAGCACACCCCGUUCGCCGUCUCCAGUCAUGCAGACCUACCGUCCAGCGAGAAGAAGCAGACAGGAGCAGCCUCAAAAUGCGCCACGUUUGAUAUUGUCCUUACAACCUUUGACGCGCUGAAAAGCGCCGACAUCACGAUCAAACUAGACGACGACGACCACGCAGUUGUGAAGCAAGGUGCUGAAAGCCAAUCGGUAGGUGCUUGGAUGUCCAAGCGAACUUCAAAUGGCAACUCUCAACGUUUCCAGUCGCAAGGCGUUGGAAAUGCUGCCAAAUGCAAAAAGCUCAGUGCAUUGCAUGCUGUGUUCUGGCGAAGGAUAGUCUUUGUAGACGACCUGGCGGGGCGUAAGUGUUUUCUGGCGAAGGCGGGGACAGCAAGGGCUGAUGCAGCGAAGGCACUAGGUGGAGCUGCCAGAUUCGUUUUCUUCCCGAAAGAAAAAAACUCUCCGGACAGUUCCUCGUCAGGAUUUGAAACUCUUCUGAAGUGCGACCGCAGAGCUUUUGAGUCCGUUGCGGGGGUCCUCCGUGUCGAUUUCGACGAGGAUGAAGACGAGGAUGAUAAUCACGAUUUGAUGGACUGCAUGAUCGACGCGUUGAUGGAUGGCUGAGUAGGCAGCACUCCUACAUGUACGAGUAGCCAGUGUCGGUACCGGUAUCGCAGCUGGCUCACUCUUAUUUGUAAUCUAGAGCUACGGUAGAGCGAGCUGAAGCGAGUUCGAUCACCAACAAAAGCCUGGCCCCGGCUGGCUUCUACCUACUCUGAACUCCCGAACUCCCGUAAAACUUCUUGAGUCGUACGCUUACCGAUAGACAGCCAUCGUAGGUACGGUACCGUACCACGUGCGAGAACGGCAUCUACAUACAGUACAUGAACUGCAGCUGCCCGAGCCCUGGGCUUCCUGCAACUUUCUUUUCCCACAGCAUGAAGGAUUAUCAGAACUGAAGGCUACCGGUACCACCACGCCCUUGAAAUCUCAUUGCUCCGAUAACCGCCCGACCAAAGGAAAAGCCCUUCAGCUCAGUGUGUGUGUCCCAACAGCAACCGUACUAGUACACUCUACCGGUAGCUAGAGCACACCUUGCUAUAUCUAGCCAGUUAUGGUUCUAGAGCUACCAGGUAUCAUAGAUCUAGCACCUGGUACUGUACACUUCUACCUCAUCAAUAAGAUAACUAUAAUCUUAGUCCACCACUAGAGAUAUCUUUUAAAACCAUUUCAGCCACAGCAACACUGAGUUUUUAUCUUACAAGCAGU